AUGAACUUACGUGUGAUUAUCCUACUUUUCUGCCUGAUCGUGUUGGUAGAAGGAAAAGUUCACCGAUUUCGCCUGCAAAGACGUUCCCAUCGACACCACAAAGUGCCCCAUGCCCAUUUGCAUCUACAAUUCCGAAAUGCGCUGCGAAGAAAGUUCGGAUACACACCACUUCGAACAGUGAAUGCUGUAAAUCCAACAAGUGGAGACAAAGGCGGCGUAGUGUUAACCGAAACUUUGAAAAAUUCGUACGAUACCAAUUUCUAUGGGGAUGUUUCGACUGGAGAACAAUCAUUCACCAUGCAAUUCGAUACAGGAUCCUCGGAUUUUUGGGUGCCCAGUUCGCAUUGCAAAUUUUGCAAAAAGUGCGGCAAUAAAUUUUUCAGGGAAUCCCACUCGAAAACUUUUCAAACCGAUAAAAUUCCCUUUACCAUUACUUAUGGAUCGGGAUCGGUAAAAGGAAUUGUGGCCUCGGAUGAUGUGGCUUUUGGGGAUUUAAAAAUCCAAAAACAGGGCAUUGGUUUGGUCAACAUUUCCGAUUCCUGCUCCGAUUUCGAUGGCAUCUGUGGCCUGGCUUUUCAGCCACUCUCAAUGACUGGAUCCACGCCUGUUUUCCAGCAAAUGAUCGACCAAAAAUUGGUGGAGAAGCCCAUAUUUUCGUUUCACUUGAAAAGUGGCUCCAGCGAUGGUGGCUCAAUGAUACUCGGUGGAUCGAAUUCGAGUCUGUACUAUGGCCCCUUGACCUACACAAAUGUCACGGAGGCCAGGUAUUGGACUUUCAAAAUGGAUUUCGUUGAGGUUCACGGCAAGGGAUCAAGGCGUUGCGAAGGCGGAUGCAAGGCCAUUAUGGACACGGGAACAUCUCUAAUAGUUGGACCCGUUCUGGAUAUCCUUUCCAUAAACAAUGCCAUUGGAGCCCAGCAUAAUGCCACCUUUGAUCUGUAUACUGUUGACUGUUCAACGAUUACCCAGCUUCCAGUGAUUGUUUUUGGCAUUGGCGACAAAGAGUUUUAUGUGAAGCCACACACAUAUGUGAUUGUCUACCAGGACUUUUGCUACUCUGGUUUCAUGGAUAUGCGAGGUCUGACCUUCUGGAUAAUCGGCGAUGUGUUCCUGAGGGAAAACUACGUGGAGUUCGAUUGGGGCAGGCAAAGAAUCGGCAUAGCACCGGCUGUUUGAUGGGGUUAAAUGGGAAACGAUUACCAACCGAAACUUAUAAAUACAACACAUAUGUAUUUACU